CGAUUCGGUCGACGUACGACGCUCGACGGCGGCGACUGUCCACCUUGUCUCCUACCCCCAUGAUGCCGAACAGCUUAUAGCACACUCCCAAUGGCACCCCAUCAUAUUGCAGUUCUCGGCGGCGGCCUUACCGGGCUCUCGUCCGCAUACCACCUCUCGCAUCGCUUUCCGAAUGCAUUAAUAACGCUCGUAGAACGCUCUACACGCGUUGGAGGAUGGGCGGAGAGCGAGCGGGUAUCUCUCAAAGACCCGAAGGAUGGCAGCGAAGCGUCAAUACUCAUCGAGGGCGGGCCUCGUACUUUGCGGCCGACCGCAAAGUCCGUGUUGGAGCUAGUCACCCGUCUCGACUUGCUAGACGAUCUAAUUCUUGUCCCCCGCACCUCCCCUUCCGCAAAGAACAAGUACUUUCAUAUGCCCGGCCAGCCCGGGCUCCUCGCAGUACCAUCGAGCUUCAAGGGCCUCAUUAGUUCCCCCCUCGGUGCUUGUCUCACUCGCGCGGUUGCGAAAGAGGCUAUGGCCUUUUCGAACCGAGACGACCUCAAGGAUGAAUCUUUCGACUCCUUCCUAUGCCGUCGCUUCACCGCAGAGUUCGCCGAGAAGGUUGGCUCGGCCUUGGUACACGGCAUCUUCGCUGCCGACUCCCGGAAGCUCAGCGUACGGGCCGCAUUCCCCGUCCUUUGGGAGGCUGAGGAGUACGGCUGGGGCAGCGUUGUCCGAGGCUUCAUCCGCGGACGACGUGAAGAGGAUGUGGAAGAGUCUUACUACAUCAGCAACCCCGUGCAAAAGGCCAUGGAGGAGACUGCGGUGUUUUCCUUCCGAAACGGAAUGGACACGGUCGCGCGCGCCACCGAGCAUCACCUCUCAAAGCUCAAGAACGUCACUAUAUUGAAAGGCGCCGACGUUAAAUCCUUGGGUGUGAAUUCGAAGGACAAAUCCAUCGAGAUCACCACCACCUCUCCCGAGCUCCCAGAAAUACGCCCUACCCACGUCGUAUCCACGCUACCCCUCCCAGCACUACACCGCGUCCUUACACCUACCAGCAACCUCCCCCACCUCACCACCAACCCCUACUCUACCGUCACCGUCUACAACCUCAUCUUCCGCACUGACACCCCCACCCCCAUCCACCCCGCGGGCUUCGGCUACCUCAUCCCCCGCCCGCCUGGCGGGUACGAGCAGCCGCAAGCCAACAAGGAGGGCAUCCUCGGCUGCGUCUUCGACUCGUGCGCGCUGUCUGCGCAGGACGUGAUGCCCGGGCCGACGAAGUACACGAAGAUGACGGUUAUGACGGGCGGUCCGUACCAGAAUAAGCCGCCUGCGCUGGACACGGUACUUCAGGCGCUCGCGCGGCACCUCGACUGGCCAGAGGUGUACGAGCCCGUGUACACGCGCGUGCGCGAGAAUCGGGAUUGCAUACCUGUGCCAGCGCCGGGGCAUUUGGAGCGGGUGGCGGAGUUGAGGCGGGUGCUGAAGGAGGGCGAGUGGCAGGGGAGGAUGGAGGUGGUAGGGGCCGGAGUGGGUGGAGUGAGUGUUGGUGAUUGCGUUGAGGCGGGGAGGUGGGUCGGCGAGGGAUGGGGUCCGUCGACGCCGCAGAUGGAGGACGAUGAGUGCGACGACGAGUAGACUGUAUCUCUAUUGCUCCUAUAAUUUAUGUGGCCAUCGCCCGAUGUUCUGAAGAGAGACGGUUGAGAGGGCCCUUCUCGAACAACAUUGGCUUCACUUGCUUGAACAUUCUCCCCUUGAAGGGUCG